UUCAGUCCGGUGAGACAGACAUCGUGCCUCCAUCUCAGUGCAUAUCUCUAUUAGCGUCUGUUUAUCUCUAAUGCUGAGCUCAGCCUACUUACCAAGAUGCCUCAAAGAAAAAGGAGUUUUACUUUUGGAGCAUAUGGAGGAGUUGACAAGACAUUCUCCAGAGCUCGAAGCUUGUGGAAACAGGAUGGAGGUGAGCCACGUAUCUCUAGCACACUAGACGCCACAUUGCUCCAGGCUCCGCUGCCCUACACUGCCCCGGCAUUCCAAAAGACUACUGAUUUAUUUGAAAUGAUUGAAAGGAUGCAGAGCAACAGAAUGGAUGAACAGCGGUGUGCCCUUCCUCCACCUCUUAAAACUGAAGAGGACUACAUCCCAUACCCCAGUGUUCAUGAGGUAUUGGGCAGGAAAAGCCCUUUUCCUCUCAUCCUUCUGCCUCAAUUCGGAGGUUACUGGAUUGAAGGCACCAACCACGAGCUGAGCAACGGCAAUGAUCCGGAUCAGCUGCUGUCUCCUACUUCUCAAAUCAAGCUGGAAACCAACACUACAGCCAAGAUCUAUAGAAAACACUUUAUGUGCAAGGAGCACUUUAAUUACUAUACAAUGGACAGCGCUCUGGGCCACCUGGUCUUCUCUGUUAAAUAUGAAGUGAUCGGUGACCAGGAGCACCUCCGUCUAAUGUUAAGGAGCAAACUGAAGACAUAUCAUGACGUGAUCCCGAUAUCAUGUCUGACUGAAUUCCCCAACGUUGUCCAGAUGGCCAAGCUUGUGUGUGAGGAGGUGAAUGUGGAUCGCUUCUGCCCAGUGCUUUACCCAAAGGCUUCGAGGCUUAUUGUGACGUUUGAUGAGCAUGUCAUCAGUAACAACUUCAAGUUCGGAGUAAUAUAUCAGAAGUUUGGACAGACUGUUGAGGAGGAGCUGUUUGGGAAUAAUGAGGAAAGUCCAGCAUUUGUGGAGUUUUUAGAGUUUUUGGGUGAGAAGGUCGAGCUCCAUAACUUUAAAGGUUUUCGUGGAGGACUGGACGUGACACACGGACAAACCGGCACGGAAUCGGUCUACUACAACUUCCACAACAAAGAGGUCAUGUUUCACGUAUCCACAAAGCUGCCCUACACUGAAGGUGACAUGCAGCAGCUGCAGAGGAAGAGACAUAUAGGAAAUGACAUUGUGGCCAUUGUGUUCCAAGAUCAGAACACUCCCUUUGUUCCAGACAUGAUCGCAUCAAAUUUCCUACAUGCCUACAUUGUGGUACAAGUGGAGAAUGCGUGUACUGACAACGUCCUGUACAAGGUUUCAGUGACUGCAAGAGAUGAUGUCCCAUUUUUUGGACCGGCCCUACCUGAUCCUGCCAUAUUCAAAAAAGGACCCGAGUUCCAUGAGUUUUUAUAUACAAAGUUAAUCAACGCAGAACACGCCUGCUACAAAGCUGAGAAGUUUGCUAGGCUGGAGGAGCGCACUCGGGGAGCCCUGCUAGAAACUCUGUACGAAGAGCUGCAUAUCCAUAGUCAGGCCAUGAUGGGGCUCGGCGGGGAUGAGGAGAAGCUUGAGAAUGGAGGAGGAGGAGGAGGGGGAUUCUUCGAAUCUUUUAAGCGGGUGAUCCGCAACAGGAGCCAGUCUCUGGAUGCCAUGAGUUUCAGUAUUGGGAAGCGAGCAGUCUCCUCUAGUCACAGCGGCAGUUUUACCCAGAACAACAACACCGAUCAGCUGCACUCACCAGAGGCCCACAAAUACGCUGGGAUAUCAUUGCUUGUCCCAGGCAAAAGUCCCAGUAAAUACGGACGUCGCGGCAGUGCCAUAGGGAUAGGAACGAUAGAAGAGUCUCUGAUCAUUCCUGGGAAAAGUCCAACGAGGAAAAAGUCUGGCCCGUUCAACUCUCGCAGGAGCAGCGCCAUCGGCAUCGAGAAUAUCCAGGAGGUGCAGGAGAAAAGGAUUGCCGCUCUUUUGUCAGAGGACAGGACAGUGCUCUGUGUCUCUCUGCCCAGCGUCAGUCUCAGGACCGGCAGGCUCAUCAUGGAUUCCUUCAACAGCCGGGAGAGCUCACCGACGACGCAGAAGACUCCUGACAGCGGACACAUAUCACAGGAACCCAAGUCUGAAAACUCAUCCAAUCAGAGUUCACCCGAGGUUCUCGUCACUAAGAACAGCUCAGCAAUGUGUUUCAGAGCUGCAUCAAUCCCUGAAGCUCACGACUUGUCGCGGUCCUCCUCAAAUGCCAGCAGCUUUGCCAGUGUGGUGGAGGAGAACGAAACCGAGGCCACUGAGGACUACGAUACCGGCAUGGAAAGUCUGUCAUCAGCAGGAACACCACACAAGCGGGACUCGUUUAACUACAACACAUGGGUGGACGACAAUGUGAACAACAUCAGCACCAACAGACGGGGAAGUUCUCCUGGUAUAGGCAAGCCUCCUGACAGUGGUAAAGGUCAUGACCCGAACCGGACGGACAUCCGCAUCAAGCUAGAUCGACCGGUUGACCACAAGUCUACGUCGAACUGCUAGCCUCUCCAAUCUGAUUGCAUCAUGGAUCUCCAUCAACAGGUACCAUUAUAGCAUUUCUCUAAAACUCAUGAGCUCGAGUUUUCACCGUGAUUGCUACUGCUGCAGACGAUGAUGACGACAAUGAUGAUGAUGAUGAUGAUGAUGAAGAAAAUAGUUCCAGCCUGCACUACAGUGACAGAUGGCAGGAUUGUGAUUAUGUACAUAAUAGAGUGACUAUGCCCUGCAUAAAAAUACUGCAUUACUGGUGGCCCAGUGCAGGACCGAGAGAGAAAGAGAGAGAGAGUGAGGUGGAAACUGGCGGCACAGGCUGCAUGGAGAGACUUCAUUUGCACUGCAUCAUUUUCCUUUUCUUUGUGAAUUUCUUGUCUGAAUUUGACCUCUUCUGUUCUGUCCACAAUAUCGCUUCUGAUCCGUGUAGAAAAUCAAGUGGGCUUUUUGCCUAUAAAGCAUAGGCUGCUAUUUAUUUUUCAUUUUGGCGCAUGGCUCGUAAAUCUGUGCUGUGUUCCGCUCUAAAUACCCCCCCUCAACAAAAAAAAAAAAAAAAAAACAGCAUGCAGCAGAAACUUGUUCAUCAGGUACAACUGACUGGAAUAUGUGUCCGACAUUGGCAUGGGCAUGUUGUUUUAUUAAUUUUUAAAUUAUUAUUCUUAUUAUCAAUGUAUGAUUUUUGACUUUGGGUAAACACUACUGCUACAGCUUUUUGUGUUACAUCUUGAGUAAAAUGUACAGUCCAACUUACAUUUACAUUACAUUACAAGCUACAGAGCAAACCUUAUUGCCAAUGUCAUUCCCAGCCUGUUAACAAAAUGAAAAAAGAAAUAUAUAUUCUUUAAAUGGUAUGAAUUCUUUAAAUUGCAUAAAAAUGCCUUACUUAACCCUCAAACAGGUGAUUCAGCUAGCCAGCUAAGUAGCGCCAGCUUUCAUAGAAUGUGAUAAACUGUGUUGUUGAACCUCAUCUGUCCUGUCUAUAGUGAGAAAAGCUUCUUUAGUGAGUCUUGGUUCUUUCUGUACAAGGGAUGUUCACUUUAACUGUACACAACCCAGAAAACAAAAUAUACAACAGACUGUGAGUUAUUUCUGUAAUGUGCUCACUUGAGUAUAAAGUGGUGUCUUGGUUCUUUAUUAAUGUGUUCGGACCCUAGAUCUGUGAAGCUGUGAAUGCCACUUUAGGGUUCAAUAUCCGCCUAAAACUUUUCCUAUUCAAAUCCAUGCCACUACGCAAGCUGUCCGAUUUUUUUUUUUAUUUAACUGAAGCUGAUGUGUUGUAAACUGUUUAGACAUAUUUUUUCUCCAGACAUAAAGAUUAGUCUAUUUAGAUCAACUCUAUAUAAGCUUAGAUGUAAACCCAGCACUGUCUUUGAACCUCAGUAAUGCCAAAAUCCACUAAUCAUGUGUCCUCAUUUCAAAUGCAGACAUCACUGAGAAUCACUGAGGAAGGAUUACAGUGCAUGUGGUUGCCUUAAUAUAGGGGACACCGGCAAUCAGGGAGGAUGAGUUAGCUCAAGGUAUAAAUGUUGAGAAAAUAUUCGAGUAUAUAUAUGUUUAUUUAUUUUUUUAAAAAGGUGAGUUAAACAUUGUUUUAUUUAUCCCAGUGGACGAUGCAUAAGCAGAACGUUAUAUUAAUUUUCAUUGGUUACAAGCUAAAAUGAGGAUUAUAAAUUAAUCUAGUAAAACCUUGAUCCCUUAAAUUAUUUAGUUUGAACGAGAUGAGGAUAAGCCAGGACUAAGUGUGGGGGCCUGGAAGUUUAAGGUGAGUUUUACAGUAAAACCUUCCUGAAAGACUUCCAUAUCAGUCUUGCUCUAUAAUGCAAGUUAUCACUGUGUGAAGAUGAAAGACAUUUUUUAAAAUAUAUUACAAAAAUUUUGACUAAAAUGUAUAAAUGGAAAAUAUUCACGUUUUUCGAAACAAGUUAAUUGCUUCAGUCAGCCCUGCUUUGUGCUUUUUGUGCCCUUCUGUGGUCAGGUCUGGUCUUUUUAAGCUACAAGAAGCAUCCAUCUUGCAAAAGGCAAAUUAGGUAAUAAAAGUGAAAAAAAAAAUCGAGCAGGAAAUGUGUGCUGCUCAAAACAGGGUACAGAUCAAGCAUUGUUUCGACUGUUAGUGUGACCUCUUCAUGCUUUUGUGGGCUGAAUUGUGUAAAUACUGCUGUUUUGUACAUAGGCCCAAAAUAAAAUGAAAUAAAGAGAUUUG